UGGCGCAUGGGUUGGUGUCAGACAGCACAUCUCCGUGCUGGAGCGGGGAGCGGGGAGCGGGGCAGAGCCGCGCAGCCCGGGGAGACCGCAGCAGCCCAGCCAUGGCACCCCGCAUCAGGCUGAGCCUUUCCAAGCCUCUCCCAACCAUUCGGGAAACCCACGAGGAAGCAAUGGAGGAGCCCAGCAGCAACCCCAAGUGUGCUGGGAGUGCUGCAGCCAGCCCAGACUCACACUCCAGUGAUGACUACAUCCAAUCCAUCUGCCACCUCGCCAGACCCACCUUCCCAGCCCUUCUGGAAAGCAGACGUAAGGGUAAGGACAGAAAGACCCUGAAGACCCUUGAGGAUGUGUCAGGUUCUCCAUCGCUUGUGGGGAUGCAGCAGGAAAGGUCAAAAUGUAAAUUGACCAAUUUCAUCUCUAGUGUGGUGCCACUGGGAAAAGUCCCACCUGCAGAAAGCGACUUUUGGUCCAGAGAGGAUCCCCUGGAACAAAUUUACACCAAUGCAGGAAAUCUUUGCUCCUCCAAGGCUUUUUCCAAUGGUGAAAGUGCCAGCACUGGUUACUCAGAGUGCAACUCUUCUGCCCCAAAUGGUGACCUUCAUCCCACAAACCUGGAAGAAAAAAGCACAGGGAAAACCAGUUUUCCACGAGUGUUCAGUUUUCCAAGGCUUCCCUCCCCAAGGCCAGUUCAGAAAGAAGCAGUAUGCUCAGAGAUGAGAUAUCUCAGAAGGGAUGAGGGAACAGUUUUAGGGAAUAACCACAGCCAGAAAGAAAAUGGUCCCAUGUUUGUUAACUCUGAAGAGCAAUUAGCACCCUCAGCCAGAGAGAAGGUGGCAGGAAACCCAGCCCUGCCCUGCUUUGUAGGAAAGCAGAAUUUGCUCAAUACAGCAGGCAUAGAUGAAAAAGAAGGAAGAAAAACUUCUCAGUGCCACAAAAAUGUCAUGGGUGAUGUUCCCACUAAGCAGAGAUACUUCCAGUCUUUCCAGGUACCUAAAAAAGCCACCAUCCAUAACUGGAUUUCAGAGCACAGAUGCAUCUGGAAAGAAGCAAAGAUAAAAGCUUGUUUGCUCCCAGCCAUUGCUGAAGUGUGAAGAAGUAGCUGCUCAGAAUAAUUUUAUUCACAAGAUGUAACCAACCCUGUGCUCUAGCAGCUCUCCCUGGAGUCCUCACACAGAAAACAUGGCUUGAACAUGCAUGCGAGUCAGGCAGACUCUUGUGAUCCAUCAUAUCCCUCAUCCGUGGGCAAAGGGACAAUUCAGGGUCUCAUCUGCUAAGGAAACAGCAAUCAGUUCUCAUUUUGGAAAGGCAACAGUUCAUGAAGCAUUUCCUCCCACCUACUGCCUAGAACUGCCCUGAGCAUGAAGAAGAGCUGGAGAGAGCUGGAGAGAACACAAAUCCCAUCUGUGCUGGAGAAGAAGUGGGAACACUGAAGUCCCAGUGCCAAGCAGGCAGAUGUUGCUGACACUAGAGCACAGCUAUCCAGAAAGGAGCCCUUUGCCCAAGGCUCGGACAGUAGGAAAUGCACUCCCUGACACACACAUUUACUGGGAGACCCAUCACAGAUCCCUGCCUCAGCACCAGGAUCCCAGGAGAGGUCACCCACUAGAGCAGCAGCAUAAAGAAUUAUCUCUUAAAAAUCAUAAGAAGUGUUUUAUGAGGAUUUGCUGGAGGGAAAGGUGGAAAAUAUUACAACUCCUUGGGUGGGGAUUUUCCUGGUGCUUACCCUGUCCCAACUGUGUUCCCUUUACUCCUGGACUCAGCCCUGUCAGGAGGAGAGCUUGGCGCCCUGGUGGGCUUUGCUGUGCUGGGCUGUGGCUGCUGUGGAGCCAGCUGUAAGCAGGCAUCGUGUGGGACUCUGCACUGCCACAGCCAGGCUGCUCACCACGGGCACCCACGGGCUUUGCUGCUCAGGCGUGGGGCCCAGGAGCCCACACAGAGCUCAGCAGGCUCAGAAGAGCAGCCCUGGCUGAGGGGCAGCCCAGGGAUGCUGGGCUGCUGCUGAUAGAACCUGAAUGUAAAAUAAUAACUUGUGUUUCCCUUCAUACCUGUGCUCCUGUGUUCUCACCCAGCUGACCAUGCUGAUGGUGUUGACUGAGCUUUGCUUCGUGCUGCAAGACUGAGACAUGGAAAAAGCAAAUGUGCAUGUCCCAACCCCCCAGCACACAGCACUACAAACAGUUCGUGCUGAUGGAAUUGCUACCUGGGAUGUCUGCAGGACAAGAAGCAUUCCCACAGGGCUGGGAGGCCCUGGCAUGGGGCAGUGGGCACAUCCCCUCACUGCCACAGAGACUUCUCCAUCAGAGGAGCUGCCAUUGGCACUUUCUCCUGCAGUCACAGCAACCUCACCCACCUGUGUCUGGUGUCACACUCUGAUGUCACACUCUGGAGUCACACUCUGGUGUCACACUCUCUGCAGCCAGUCAGGAGAUGUAGCUGAGCAAACUGCAAAGCAAUACCAGCCUGAUUAUUACUAGGAAUAAAUGUUUUGGCACAGUGGAGAGCAGAGGGACCAGGCUGUUUGCUCAACAGCAGCUAAGAUGAAAAACAGCAUUGGAAAGCUGCAAUUAUAAAAAUGCUCACAAGUGAUUUCCAAACCACCCUCAAGCAGAUUAAGUGAAAAAGCAAUUUCUACUCAGCACCAACAUGAGUGUAAAUAUGCUCAAGGAUCAAAAGGUGAGAGUGUUUGAGCUUCUCAUCUUCACAUCUCUUACCUCAAAUAUUUUUUUCUCCUGUUGAAACUCAUUAGUGCUAUGGAACUGAGCUGCUUCUCAGCUCUGUUUUUGAACUAACCACACCGCAAGAAUGGAAGUGAAGGUGGCUCCAGCACUCAUUAAAGCUGAUGGAGAAAGUUGAACCCAGGAGGUCCCAGCCUGCUCUGCCUCCUCCACACCUGUCCCUCCCUUCUCAGGUAAAUGCUGGGGUUUAAGCAAUGCUUGUCCUCACUGCUCUGCUGUCAUUUAAAUUCCUCCCCAUGUGAAUAUUUAUGACUCUAAUGCCUAACAAGUCUUGUGCCAACUGCAUGUAUCACUGCUUUUGACAGAGGAAACAAAUAAAAUCCUUCCAUCCA